ACAAGGACCUGUACAAGGAGGCCAUGAUGGAGGAGCACCAGCCUCUUAUAUCACAGGAAAAUCCCAGUAAGAAAUAUGAAAAUGUCAUGUUACCACUAGAUGAAGAUAUCCUGCAGCGCUCUUCAGGAGAAAACCUCAUUACCCUUAAUGUACAUCCAGGACUUCACAGUACAGAUCUGUCAUAUAAUCCUCCUAAUUAUGAGGAACUUUCUCCGGACCAAUCACAGAUUGUUACCGCAAGUACAAGUCAGAAAAGGGUUAAAAGGUUUAAUUGUGGUAAAGAAUCCACAAACAGCCCAGGACUUUCUACACACCAAAGACAUCACAAAGGAGAGAAAAUGUAUUCAUGUUCAGAAUGUGGGAAAUGUUUUAGACAAAAAUCUGAUCUUGUUACACAUCAGAGAAUUCACACAGGAGAGAAACCAUAUUCCUGUUCAAAAUGUGGGAAAUGUUAUACAGUGAAAUCAAAUCUGGUUAUACAUGAGAGAAGUCACAUAGGAGAGAAGCCAUAUACAUGUUUAAAAUGUGGGAAAUGUUUUACAGUUAAAUCUAAUUUUGUUACACAUAAGAGAAGUCACAGAGAGAGGCUGUAUUCAUGUUCAGAAUGUAGGAAAUGUUUUAGACAAAAAUCACAUCUUGUUAGACAUGAGAGAAUUCACACUGGGGAAAAGCCAUAUUCCUGUUCAGAAUGUGGGAAAUGUUUUGCAGAGAAAUCCAGUCUUGUUGCACAUGAGAGAAUUCACACAGGGGAAAAGCCGUAUUCAUGUUCAGAAUGUGGGGAAUGUUUUACAGUGAAAUCCCGUCUUGUUACACAUGAGAGAAUUCACAGAGGAGAGAAGCUGUAUUCAUGUUCAGAAUGUGGGCAAUGUUUUAAGCAAAAAUCGGAUCUUGUUAGUCAUGAGAGAAAUCACAGAAGAUUAAGGAUACGAUCACAAUUCCAGAAUUUAGACUUUGAUUUUGAUUCCAAUUAAAGAAUGACAUUACUGAAUACCAAACUGAUACAUAAUGGGUAACAGGGAUUGUGGCGAAACCAACCUCGCCACUAGGUUUUGGAGGGGCCUGUUUACCAGCCUCUUGCCCCAGGAUUAUGGGCCCUCUCAUCAGCCAGGCCUCAUUUGUUCACAAAGGAC